CGUUCAGUCCCAGCAGCUCCGGUUGUCUGUCCCACCAGUACCCCUGCGACCACCUCCCACCUACCACCCUCCUCCCUGCCCCUCCUCCUUUUUACACACACCGGCUUGAUCCCAGUCUCCCAGCCAGUCACCUCCAGUACGAGCGGUCGGCCACAGCGGAGGUAAAUAGACACGUCCGGAGCAACCAGACCGGAGGCAACCGACUCUGGCCGUUGUUUCCAGGGCUCAGUUAUAAAGCUCCCGGAGAAGGAUGGGACAAAGCCGGUGUUUGGAUCAAGACUGAGUCUGGUCGGCACUGAGAGCUCGAUUCCAAGUCCUUCAUAGAGUCGCCGCGUUUCCCCACGCUGACACAAUGGGUUGCUGCAGCGGACGAUGCACUCUUAUUUUUAUUUGCACUUUACAGCUGGUGUUGGCCUUGGAGAGGCAGGUGUUUGACUUCCUUGGUUACCAGUGGGCCCCAAUUCUUGCAAACUUUUUCCAUAUCAUCAUUGUGAUCCUGGGCCUCUUUGGAACCAUUCAGUACCGGCCACGAUAUAUUGUAGUGUACACAGUCUGGGCCGCACUUUGGGUUGCCUGGAACGUCUUCAUCAUCUGUUUUUAUCUGGAUGUUGGAGGCCUGUCAAAGGAGAGUGAUCUGCUGACAUUUAACAUAUCAGCUCAUCACUCCUGGUGGAGUGAGCACGGUCCCGGCUGUGUGAGGAGAGAGAUGCAGGAGGCCCCUGGUGUCCGCACCACAGAGAGCCACUCCUACAUCACUGUCAUGGGCUGCUUCAUGGACUACCAGUACAUCGAGGUCAUGCAUAGCAGCGUGCAGAUUCUUGUCGCUCUCCUGGGUUUCGUGUACGCUUGCUAUGUUGUCAGUGCCAUCACUGAGGAGGAGGACAGUUUUGAUUUUAUUGGUGGAUUUGAUCCAUUCCCACUCUACCAUGUCAAUGAAAAAUCAUCCCAUCUCCUGUUAAAGCCCAUGCACCUGUCUACGUAAAUAGGGAAGGCAUCCGGACAGGGAGGUGAUACAGCAAAUUCCCACGGAGCCAAAAUGGCUGAUUUCACACACCAACACACAUCCCACAGCUCCUCAGAGAACCAGACGUCUCCUUCUGGGUUUCAGUACUUUAACGUGUCAUUUACUGGCGUGUGGCUCUAAACAGUCAGUUUCACAAUAAGAGUCCAUUGUUACAGGAUUUGGGAAUUACCAUCGGUGGUAUUUGUGUUUAUAUGGAAGUAUUGUUCAUUUUCUUUCUUCAAGCUUUCACUAUGAGCUAACUGUACUGUAUAGAACAUGUUUCAGCAGAUAAAUACAUUACAUAGGUAAUGAUGGAGCUUCCAGCAUUCCCAGUGUGUAGCUGCGUGUCAUAGAGGACACUGAUUUAGCAUAUUACUGCUGGUUUGGCUCAGAUCUUGACUGUAGGGCUGAAUUAUGACGGAGUCUGCAGAAUGAACCAUUGUGCUGCUGCCUGUUUACUUUAGGAUCUGUAUGCAUAAAUACAGAAGCAAAGCAGGAAGAGCCAAGGGAGCGGAGAAGUAAAGUCUGGGGAGACAACAAAAGCACCAGUACAACAAGCGCAUCUGCCAAAAAUAGAAAAUGUAAAUAAGGAAAUUCAGAGUUUCAAAGGAGUGAAAAAGAGUGUUAGCCUUGCAAAGAGGUGCUCAAACAUAACGAAAUGCAUGCAAGUGUUACUUUUAUGUCUGAAGCAUUUUAUAACAACAGUUUUUCCAAGUCAGUAUUUCUGAAGUGUCGUUGUGUUUUGCCAAAGAGCUUUUAGUUCUUUGGCAAACACAGGGGCGAUCAUUACAAACACUCCUGCAAAAGUUGCAACGCAUAUUUUUAACUUAAAGCAAACAAUAGAGAUUGUUCUACCUUUUCAUAUUGUACACAAUUGAGUUUGAGCUGUUUGGGUAUAGGAUGCCAUGUGUGGAUGAAUAUCUCUACCUAAAUAGAUCGAAGCUUCAUCCCCUCAGUCAGUUCAACACUUAGAGUCUUCUGUGAAAGCCAGAUCUAUGAUCAGUUGUAGCAUUUAUGAAAGUUUGAAUUGUAAUGAUGUAAUUUCGGCUGAUUGAAGCUGAUUCACCAGUAACUAAAACUUUCUGCUAGCUCAUGUCCCACUCUCAUGGCUUUUAUUGUGAAUCAGCUUUAUUGAAACGUUUUACUAACAAAAGUGAGCACACAUGGUUCAUAUCUCCUAUACUGAGUUCAGCACUUUUUUGAACAUGUUACAGCAUAUCCACCAGGUUAUCCACUAGCUUUGUACCGUCAGAUCUUGUUGCCUUACUGUUAUGUGAAUCACUACUGCCCUCUGGUGUUCAAAUUGGUUAUGUACAAAGUGCAAAGCUUCAGAUCUCCAGAAAUCUCCAAGUUUCUGUUUGGAGAAGAGAAAAUUGUGAAAUUCAAAUGAAGAAGAGCUUACAGGGUGCGUUUUCCCAGUCAAUAUACAUUCCAUUCCACAUGUCUCAGGUUGAAUACCAACUAAAUUUAGAAUUGGAGUUAUUUCACCUUCUCAUUUGUUUAGUUUUAGUAUAUUUUAGAAUUAUAGUGCCUUGCUAAGUAUUAAUAUUCUGUAAACAUCUUCACAUUUUGUGACAUUACAACCAUAAGACUGAUUUCAUUGGUUUUUAAUGUGAUAGAGUAACGCAAAAUAGUGAAUAAUUUAAUACAUUUUUAGAAUAAUCUCAAUCUAAACAGUUUCAUUGUUGCUGGAAGCUGAAGCUUUGCCUGAGUUUAAAGUCUUUUCAACCUCAAGCAGCUUUUCUUCCAGGAUUGCACCGCAUUUAGCGCCAUCUGUCUUCCAUUUGAACUCUGACUAGCUUCCCUGACCCUGCUGAAAAGAAGCAGCUCCAGAGCAUAAUAUUUGCACCAUCAUUGUAUGGAUGGUGUAAACAGGGUGCAGUGAUAACUAGCGUUUUGCAUUUAGGCCAAAAUGUAACUUUUUUAUCAAAUUUUACUAAAGUACCUUCUUCCACACGUUUGCUGUCUCCACUACAUGGCAUGUACCAAACUUGAGCACUCUUCCAUCAAGUUCAGAUUUCACUUUUUAUGUGUGUGUCAACAGAUUCUCCCACCUGAGCCGCAGCUCCUCCAGGGUUGGCCCUCUUGGCUGCUUCUCUUGUUAAUGCUCCUUUUGCCUGGCCUGUCAAUUUAGGCAGGCACUCAUGUUUUGUGAGGCUUGCAGUUAUACCAUACUCAUUCAAUUAAAUUAUACACAAGUGAAUGAUUUUACUUAAUUGGAUAAAUUCUGAUGGUAAUUGGUUCCAUUGUAUGUUAUUUAGGGCCAUCAGAAUAAGGAAGCUGAAUACAAAUGCAAGUUAUUCUUUUCAGAUUUUAAUAUGUAAAAAGUAAAAAAAAAAAAACAUUUAUCAUUUUCUUUUUCUCCAAAGUUAUGCACAACUUUGUGUUGCUCUAUCACAUAACAUUGCAACCACCAUUUGUGUUUGUAAGGUGAAAAAGCAUGAUAGAGUGCAAGAAGCCUGAAUGCUUUUGCAAGACACUGCGUAAACAAAGACCUUGACUGCUGUUCAAGUUUUCCUGUACUGCCAGCAGCCAACCUAUAUCGAGCAUCGGAUUCCCCAGUGAUAUUAAGAGUUCUUCACUGCCAGACUAACAGAAUGUAAACUGUUAGAAUACUGAAAAACAUCUGAACACUUCUGCUGGCUCAUUUCUGUCUGAUGGGAGCAAGCUGUUUGGUUUUGCAAUAAUUCAAAGCUCAUUCCUGUAAAUUAAACUGCACACAUUGUUAGCUCAGUGGAUGAGAAAAACAAAUAAUCUAAUAUUAUAACAUUAUCAGUCUUAGCAUUACAAUUGUUUUAAAAUGUCAAAGCUAGUCUUCCUCUUGGUGCAAUACAGGCUUUUCCAAAGUCCUGGUUGUAGUUAUGGUUGUUUGUGCUGGUCCAAACUGAAAACGUUUCCAUCUCUUUGUAGAUAUUUUUUUCUUCUAUGUAUUAAAAGAUGAAAAGAUUAUGUUCUCCUGAUUUCUAUCUUGUGUUGCUCUAACCCCAUGUGACCUAAUUGUGUAACCCUGUUUAUCCAGAACUGUGUUUUGCGUUCAUGUAAAUAUAGUGUUUGUUAAUAAAAAAAAAUUUAAAAACA